AAAUUUUUUUGUUUAAGAGAAAAAAUUAAAAAAAAAUUUACUUAUUUCUAAUAAAAACUUUGUAAUUUUACUUUUAGGAAAGCAAUCAAAAUUACAAGAAUAAACAGUCGAAAUGACAGUCACAGCAGCCAUUGUCAUCGCGGCGCUCUUUCAAAUUGUACUGCGCACCUCCUUCUUCUUCGAACAGGAGAAGGGCCUCUGCUCGCCGGCGCCCUCACUAGCCAGUUGGAUAUUCCUCAUUGCGCUAUUGGAUCUCAUCUCGGAUCUAUGCCUCUAUCCGGUACGUUACAUGCAUUUGCCGUACUUCUGUCAGGUGAUCGUCGAGACCAUUGUCACUAUUUUGUUAACGGAAUUCGGCGCCAUAAUCGUCUGGUGCACGCUGGAGAAACUCUUUUGGCGGCUUAUCAAAUCAUUCCUCUUGAUCAUGGGCAUGUCCACCAAAACUUAUGUCAACUAUGAAUCACUCAUACUGGGUCUGACCACCACCUCGAUCAGUUUGGGCAUAUUGGCGUUUGUCGGUCAGGCGACCGAUCACUUUCACUUGAUACGUAAGAAAUAUCAACGUAUUGAGCGCAAGGUUACUUUGAACAUGGAAAUGUUCUGGGAUUAUGUGAACGGCUGCAAUGGCUCACAUAGACGUUGCAAACCCAUGUACGAUUGCUCAUUGGAAGAUUUCGUGGAGAACUGUUGUCCGAAGCGGCGACGAAAACGCCGAAGAUGUUGAAAAUUUAUACAAGCCUUUCUGAUUUGGAAUACUUCGGCUGUCUGUCUAUGCGUUCCAGCAAAGUGUUUUGUGGCAUCGUGUGCGAGCUUUGUAUGUGUUUGUGUAUAAUAUUUGUCCCUGAUGUGUCCCUGAAUGUACUCGUAUGUAACAGUUAGCAUGUGCUUGACCCGAAAGGUUAAUAAUAAAAUGCAGUGUAAUUUUCAUU